AUGCCGCAGCGGAUCGUGUCGGAGCUGCAGGCGCUUGUCGCAGAGACGCGGCGCAAGUACCCCGAGGCACGCAGCGCCGCGGAUAGCCUGCUCCAGCGGCUGAACGGGGAGGAUGUGGACCGCGUACUGACGUCGCUGCAGCGCGAGCGGGGGACGAACCACGCGUUGGUGCAGCCGAUCGUGUUGGCGUGCAAGACGCGUGCGCCCAAGGUUGUGCUAAUUGCGCUUGCACUGCUGCAGCGCAGUGUGGUGCUGCACCUCUUGCCUGACGACUCGCUGCCGACGCUCAUCGACAUGCUGCACCAGCUCCUCGGCUCGGUCGGUCGCACGGAUGUUGAUGUCCAACUCAAGAUCCUGCAGGCGGUGUCUGCGCUGCUGACCGCCUAUCCCUGCAUCACGUCCAAGCAACUGUCGAGCACGCUCAUGCUGUGCUUUUCCUUGUACGAGAAUUCGCGCGUGACGGUCGUGAGCUCGACGGCGGCCGCGACGCUCCGGCAGAAUAUCAUGACCGUCUUUGACAAGGUCCACGACGAGGACCGCGUUUUUGACGAGAUCAAGGACGGCGGCGAGGACGCCGCGGCUGCCGCGCCGCUCCCGGUGCACACCGCGCAGACGCCCGAUGGGCCCGUGACACUGUUUCCCUACUCUGCCGAUGCCUACUUUGUGUUGAGCGAUCUGUGCGCGCUCGCGAACGGCGAAGCGGCCUCGUUCUUACCGCUAACAACACUCUCGAAGCCGUUUGUGCUGGAGCUGCUCGAGAGUGUCUUGACGAACCACGCACGCUUGUUUGCCGCAUCGAGCACGACGCGGCACCCCGAGCUGCUGUACAUUCUGCGCAGCGCGACGUGCCCUUUGCUGCUCAAGGCGCUCAGCGAGAUGUCGUCCUUCCCGGUAGUGGUGCGCGUCAUGCGCCUCAUCCUUUUGCUACUGCGCCAGUUUAGCGAGGAGCUCGUGCUGGAAAUUGAGAUCCUCCUUCGCAUGGUCCUCAAGACGACGCAGGGCGAGCGGGGCACCCCGGUCUGGCACCGUGUCCUGGCGCUCGAGGUGGUGCGCAGCUUGUGCGCGGACGGCUAUUUUAUGCGCCGCCUCUGGCACUGGUACGACGCAGGCGAGGCAGGGCCACAGAAUGCGCCACCGGCGCCGCUGUUUGCCGACGUCGUCGGCGCAUUGCUCGCCGCGAUGCGCGAGGUCAGCUCGCAGCUCGUCCUCGACACGGCACUCGCAGCAGCACGGCAGCAGGUCCCAGAAACGCCGACCACGCCGUCGCUCGACAAGAGCUACAGUCUGUACGACGCAGCCAGCGCUGCCGUGGCCAACGUGCGCAACGCCGCAGAGGGUCUGCUGAGCUCGCGCCCUGAGCCGUUUACGCCGACAAGCGCACCGCCGAUCCAACUCCUCGACCAGCUCGACAAGACGGAGGCGCCGCAGGCCGGCACGCCGCCCCUCCCGCAUGCGUACCUCGCAUUGCUCGUGCUCUGGUCGCAUGUCCUCCUCGCGCAGUCGCUCGCACUCUUUGUCCUGCGCCGCUACGCAGAAGUAUACGCAAACGCCACGACGGCGCCGCCUGCGAUGGAGGCAAAGGACGAGCUGGCAAGUGCCGUCGCCAUGCUCCAGGUCUAUGCACGCCCCGCGAACGACGCCUUGUCGUUCUUCCUUACCGUGCAAGGGCCGGACUACCUAUUCGAUCAGACGCUGCUUGCCGUCGUCCACCUCGCCGAGGCGACCGGCGCCUUGGGCCUCGAGAAGGAGCGCGACCGUGUCCUUGCGACGCUCACCGACUUUGCCCUGCCCGGCGCCGCGCUGGGCGGCAAGACGCUCGGCGCACGUAACCUCGCGUGCCAAAUCGCCUUGUCGCACACCGCCAUCGCCCUCGCAGGGAGCCUCGGGGGACGCUGGCGGUCGGUACUGCAGGCCGUCGCGCAGGCGCUCGCGCUCGCGCCUGGCAGUGGGCAGCAGAGCGUGCCGACGACCGGCGCUGCGCCUGCGCUGCCGACGCCCCCGGGCGCGUUCUCUGCCGAGGUGCUCGGCUACCCUUUGCACUACCUCGCCCCAGAGGGCCUUGAAGGGCCUGCGCUGCGUGCAACGCUCAGCCAGGUGCUUCAGCAUGCCAUGUGGCUCUCGGACGAGGACUUUGUGCAGUUUGUCGCGGUUCUCGCGUCACUCGGUGCCGAUCAUGCCCGCGACGCGCAGGACGGCACCGCGCUCGUGAUCCUUGCCGAACUCGAGCAAGUCGGCCUGUCGAAUACCCCCCGCAUCGCCGCGCAGCUGCCUGACGGCGCGUGGCGCGCGAGCGCCGAUGCGCUCUUUGCGAUCCUCGAAGAUACCCACCUCGCGGCCGCGCUGCGCACGCGCGCCGCGUCGGUCCUCGAUGGGAUCGCGUACAGCGUGCUGCGGGCCGUUCCGAGCUCAGCCCAUGGCCGGCAGCGCACGAUCCUCGCUGCCGUCGACCGCCAGGCGCGCGCCGACGGACGCACUGCGCCGGUCGACGUUGCGAUCCGCAAAGCAGCGAUUGAUCUCCUGCAGCGCAUGCUCGAGAAGAACGCGCACCGGCUGCAGGCCGGCUGGGACGUGGUCUUUGGCAUGUGUCGCGCAUCUGCCGAGUCGGCGAGCGCGAUCAAGGAAGGGGGCACGUCGCCUGUGCCGCUGAUCAAGGCCGCGUUUGCGUGUGUCCAGCUGAUCUGCUCCGACUACCUCGCGCCGCUGAGCAAUGCCGAGCUCGAGCUGUGCAUUGCGGCGCUGCCGAGCUUUUGCGUGCAGUCCGAUGAUACGAACCUCGCACUGGCGGCGAACGGCGUGCUGUGGGACAUCACCGCCGAUGUACACCGCCGCCAGACGCAGAGCUCGGACGAGAGCAUGUCGGCGCUGUGGCUCUUUGUCCUGCACCGCAUGCGCGACACGGCGGACGUGCCGCGUGCCGACGUGCGCAAUGGUGCGAUUGCCAACCUGUUCCAGGUGCUGGUGCAGUACAACAGUUCACUGUACGCCAAGGACUGGGAGCGUGUCUUUUUCGAGAUUCUCUUCCCUCUCUAUGACGCGAUGCACAAGGACCCCGAGUGGGACGAGAGCCAGACGUUGGUACUGCAAGGCACUGCGCGUAUCUUGCAGACGAUUCUCCCGGCCCUUUCGCAGGACGCCGCCUUCCCCAAGAUCUGGGCCAUGUUUGUCGAGCGUGUCGAGCAGACCUACGCGGGCGCCUCGUCCAAGGUCGCACAGACUGCGCUCGAUGCGCUUCUUGCCGUGCUGCGCACGCCUGUCACCACGCCCGCGCUGCGCAAGGCGUGGCGCGAUGCGUGGGAGGCGUGGGUACGCAUCGGUGCGGCACAGCGCAGCGACACCUCGCUAACGAACCUCGUAUCGAUCGUCGCGCUCCUCGAGCCGCUGUACGCGACGCUCGAAGCGAACCUCUCGCAGGACACGCUCCAGUCGCUCUUGCGCACGCUCGAGCGCUGCGUCACGCACGGUAUCGCUCACAGCGACGCAACGUCUACCAAGCAGCUCUAUGCGCUUGUCAGCGGCGUGCGUAAAGCGCUCGAGCGCCUGCCGAGCCGCGACAAUGUGCCUGCGCUCCGCCUCGAGAGCCUCGCGGCGUACGUGCGCUGCGCGCUCGAGGCCGCGGCACAGCCGUCGCUCCCGGGCCCCGUCGCACGCGUGCGCGUGCAGCUCGCCGAGGACCUGCUCAUGCACUGGCAGGCGACCUACCAGGCAGAGCCGGCCGACAUUGCGCUGUACGACGUGCCGGUCCUGACGAUGUUGCAUGUGCUGCGCGAUCCUCUGCAGCACGACGACCAACGCGCACCGAGCCUUGCGUCGCUCGCACGCGAGAUCCUCUAUUCCAUCGCACACCAAGGCACGUCUGUCGUCGCGCGGUAUUCUUCGAAGCAGGCGCCGCUGUACUACGAGCGCCUGUUUGCAUGCUUUGAGGAUGUGCUUCAGGCGAGCGUCCCGGCUGGCGCACGCCCGGCGCGCGAUGCGUACGAGGCGCAGGCCUUUUCGCUCUUGGUUGCGCUCGAGCGCGACGUGCUGCCGGCAGCAGGUGCGGACCCUGCGGCGCACACGGCACUCGGCCGCUUCCUGCCGCAGGCCGUGCGUGCGACGCAUUUGUACGAGCGCGGGGUGCGUAGCGCGCCGGAUCACGGCUCGCUGCUUCCCAUUACGGCAAGCAGUAAAGAGCGAUUCGUCUACUGGACCUAUGACCUGCUCUUUGCGCUGUGCCGUGCGGACGGCGCUGCGCCCGUCGGCCGCCGCCUGCUUUCCGUACUCGUGCUUCCUGCGCUCCUGUCGCACUGCAGCGAUGUGCUGCGCGCCUAUGUCGCAGAUGGCGCAGUGCGCGGCGGCAUUCCGAUGCCUCGCGUGCGCAUGGAAGAAGUCAACUAUGUGCUGCACCAGCUGAGCACGCUGGAACUCGCGCCAGGCACGCUCGAUAUCGCGCAACGCACGCGCGAUCCAGGCACGGCAUAUGCAGCACUGCAGACCUAUACGGCGCCGCCAAAACCCUGGUCGCUGCCCGACGCCGUGCGCCACGCGCAGAUCGCGCACCUCUACUUUCUCCACACGGAACUCGACGCGGCGGCGGCGAUGCACGUGUCGCCCAGUGCCUUGCCUCAGCAGGCCACGAUCGGAUCGAGCCUGGCGCCGCUGAGCCCCACGCUCUUUCCGCACGGGACCAAGGAGCUGGUGGCACGGGCGACACGCACGCCGCCCGGGCGCACGACGCCCAUGGCACUCGCGCAAAAGACGCAGCAGCAGCGCAGUGCGUGGCUCGCGCAGUUGCGCUGGAGCAAGUGGCUCCGUACGGUGCCUGGACCGCUGUGUCCGUCGUUCUGGUACGGCAACCUGUGCGACCUGCUGCGCCGCGACAUUGUCCCCGUGUUUUUGGAAUGGAGCGCAGAGUAUGGUGGUGUGGUGCGUAUCUGGGGCACGUUUGGUGAGCCGCGGCUGCUUGUCACGGACCCUGUUGCGGUCGACCACGUCCUGCGCCGCAAGGCCUACUCCUACCCCAAGGUGCGCGUUGUGCAGCGUCUUCUCGCCGGCCUCAUGGGCGACGGCAUGCUUGUCGCUGAGGGCGAUGCACAUAAGCGUCAAAAGCGUGCGAUCCAGCCUGGUUUCUCGGGCCGCUCGAUCCGCAAGCUCGCGCCGAUCUUUGACCGGCACGCGCACGCGCUCAGCGACCACCUGCUGCAUGUGUCGGGCGAUGUGGGCGUCCUUUCCGACAUAUACAAGCUGAUGGGGUGCACGGCACUCGACGCACUUGGAUCGGCAGCCUUUCACAUCGAGUUUGGCACGCUCGAGAGUGUGCGCAAUGACAAGCAAGGGCGUGCACACGCCACGCACCCCCUCACGGCCGCGUUUGAGCACGCGCUAGACAUUGCGACACGCACGUCGCUCGCCAAAAACUUGUUCGACGCGUUGACGAUGAUCUUUCCUGCGCUAGAGAUUUUUCCGAUCGGCUUCACGUCCUUCCAGUUCCGGAGCGCCUCGCGCGUGCUCUUUCGCGUUGCGGAGCAGAUUGUUCGCGAAGCCAAAGCAUCGAUCCUCGGACCGGACACGGGCCUGUACCGUGCGACGAAUGAAGAAGAGCGCCCCGACCUCUUGGCGACUCUGUUGCGUGCCAAUACCAAUUCCCAGCGCCCUAAAACCGAGAAAACGAGCAUAUUAGACCGCGCAGUGCUCACAGAUGACGAGCUUGUCGCGCAGCUCUCGACCUUUAUUUUUGCCGGCCACGAAACCACUGCAACGCAAAUGACAUGGCUCCUGCUCAUGCUUUCCAGGCACCCUUACGUACAGGAAAAGCUGCGCUCUGAGAUCCGCGCGACGCGCACGCGUCUCGGCCUCGCUGUACACGGCCAGAGCGGCGCGCGCGACGAGCAUCGCGACCUCUCGAUGGACGAGCUGGAGGCGCUGCCGUACCUUGACUGGUGCAUCCGCGAGUCGCUGCGGCUCCACGGUGCGAUCCACACCACUUCUCGCAUGGCCGCUGAACGUGACGUGAUCCCUGCGCAGGAUGGGCGCUGCACGCUUGUGGAAAAAGAUACCAUUAUCAUGAUCCCCCUCGCCGCCAUCUCGCAGGACCCUACGCUCUGGGGCGAAGAUGCACACACUUUCCGCCCCGAGCGCUGGGCCGAGCCGAUGCCUGGUGCGCAGACAUACUCGUCCUACGGCGGCCUCUCGUUUCUGCAGGGGCCGCGUGCAUGCAUUGGACGACAAUUCGCAAUCGCCGAAAUGAAAUCAUUUAUUAGCAUCCUCAUCAACACCCUUCACUUUGAGUCAGACAGCCGCCCGAUCGUGGCCAAGCGCUGGAUCGUCUCGCGUCCGUACGACGUGCGCACGCGCACCGAUGCGUGCCCGCUGCUCGUGCGUCGAGCGCCAUAG